CCUGUUUAAACCGCUUAAUUUUUGUUUCAUCAUGAUAAACUCGGAUACUGAACAAUAUCGUAUAUUUAUCAACAAUCUUCAACGAGAGGAAUUCCGGCACAGUGCUUUAAAUGAUAUUAAGAAUUUACUCACGUUUAAACCUGCCCGUGAGGCUAUCGGCACUAUACAAAACGUUGGAAUAACGAAGAUUGUGCGAUGUCUGAAUGUUCCGGAGAAGACUCAUGUGGAUUUGACUUGUGAAGUACUUCGCAUUUGUUUUGAGAAGUUUAACCCUGGAGAUGUGAUCAAAACCUACACAGGCCAUAUUAUGUACUUGCUGAGGCAUGAAAAAAGUUGUGUGCGAAAACUUGCCAUAGAUGAGGUAUACAAAGCACUAAGCACAGAUAUAAACACACUACCUGUAGCAGAAUAUCAGGACGUUUUUGUGGCCACAGGACAGAUGGUCACUGAUGAAGAUCUUGGAGUCGCCAAUACUGCUAUUCAAAUUACGUCUAUGUUGCCUCCAGAGGCUUAUCCCAGGGUGCUAGAGGAGAUGAAAAUUGCUUUUGACGGUAGUAGCAGUGUUAAAUGUAAUGCUUUUGAGGUGGCAAUAAACAUUUCAAUAAGAGCACCGGAACUGUUCAGACUAUGUGCUGACCAAGAAUACAUAGAUUUUAUGGUUUCGGAGUUAAACACAAACGAUGUUUUGUACCAGUUGAACAUAUUAGAGUUACUAUCUCAGUUGGCUGUGAAAGCACAUGGGAUUAGUUACUUGGUGCAGCGCGGGGUGUUGCAAAAGAUUGCAGUUUUGGUUGAGGCUUUGCAUCGUAAUCUACUGGGCAGUCUUUUGGUUCCAGGUUACUUGAAAUUCUUUGGAGCAGUGGCUCAUAGCUAUCCUAGAGAGAUAUUAGACAAAUAUCCUAUUCUAGUAGAAUGCCUAUUUGACACAAUAGAUUCCGGUGACCCUGGCACGCUGCCUGUUGCAUUGGACACUUUAGGCUUUAUUGGGAACACUAUUGAAGGAAAAUUGUGCCUUGCAUCACUAGGAAGCAAAUACACGCAGGCUAUACAAAAAGUUGGUCAAAUUGUAAGAAAUAGUCCGUCAGACAUGAAAGUUCGUGCUUUACAAUGUUAUGCCAGUCUUAUUGGGUACAGCCAAGACCCCAGUGCUCCGAAGAGUGGCCCUAUCGACCACAGAGUCACUUUGAUGACAAGAGAAUGGUUUAGAACUCUGUCCACAAACCCCGGGCCAAUGGAAACACUGUUUGAAAUGUGCAAAUAUCCUUUCCCAGACAUCAAAUUUGCUGCGUUUAGUCUGCUUGACUCUGUAUGUCAACAUCAGUGGGGUGAAGAGCUGGUUGCUAGGACUGCUGGUUUCGUGGAAUUCCUCCUAGACAGAGGUAUGGAUCAAACAAAGGAGGCGAAAGAAGCGAAAUACGACAUCAUCAGAAGGCUAUCUCAUUCACCAGCCUUCGAUAGCAACAUUUUAAUGAGGCUUCAAACGUAUGUUGAGCAAGGGCCAUUCUAUUCAGAAGAUGCGUUGCAAGUUGCUAUGGAAGAAGGUGAUUAAAUCGUUCCUGAUGUUAAAGUCCAGG